UCCCCUCUCCCGCGCCGUACGGCCGGGCGCUCCGGCUCCAUCCGCUGGCAACUUUGUAGCGCGGGGCGCGGGCGGCGCCGCCGCGGCUCUGCCCUGACCCGGGGGGCGAGGGCCGACCCCUCUCGGCCCGCCGGGCUCACCCCACCAUGGCCGGCAUCGGCAUCGACCACUCCAAGCUGCCCGGAGUCAAAGAAGUGUGUCGAGACUUCGCUGUUCUGGAAGAUCAUACCUUGGCCUAUAACUUACAGGAGCAAGAAAUUGAGCAUCACUUGGCAACAAAUGUUCAGCGUAAUCGUCUGGUGCAACAUGACUUGCGGGUGGCCAAGCAACUGCAAGAAGAGGAUCUGAAAGCAUGUGCUCAAAUCCAGAAACACCGAAAAGACUUAGAACGACAGGACUGCGAGAUCGCUCAGGAAAUCCAAGUGAAACUGGUGUUUGAAGCGGAGCAGCGCCGCAGGCAAGAGGAAAAUGAUGAGGACAUUGCCCGUCUCCUACAACAGAAAGAACUGCAGGAGGAAAAAAAGCGCAAGAAACAGUACCCAGAAUCCCAGGGACACACAGCCCCUGAAGAUAGCUAUUAUACAGAAAAUGAAGAGCACCCCUGGGGUGACCCCCGAGAGCAGGUUUCUGAGCCUGGCAGGGCACGUGGUGGUGACAGGCACAGGCACCGGCACAGAGAGCACCGAGAAACACCCUCGCCUUUGUCCGAUCCUGCCUCCGAACAUGGACAUUCCGCCUUGAAAGAUCAUCAGAGGUCUUCUCAGCUGAGUGAGGCCAGCAAUGGACAUCAUAAGGAGUGCAAAUCGGCUAGCCAGGGAAGGUCCAGGAGACAUCCCAGCCUUGACCUGGAAAGAGGGGCUGAGCGUGGUGCCCACAACCACAGCAACAGCGGGGAGCUGCAGGAGAGGAGAGCAGCUGGCAGGGAGAAGGCUUGGAGACCUCUCAGUCUUGACCUGGAGUCAGAGCAUGAACUCCCAGACCAGAUGUGGCACAGCAGAAAGCCAAGAAGGCAAGACAGAGACAAACACCUUCCUCUUAUGGAGAUGGAGCUGGAGGCUGAGCAGGAGACCUGGCGUCGCAGCGGCAGCCAGCUUGCACGCCCUGAAAAACACAAAUCUCGGCAUCAGGGCCACUCGUCACACAGGGUGGGGCAAGAUGAGAAGCUCCGUGAUGCUGCAUCUAGAGAUGAUUGUAGGAGGGGUGAGGAGAGAGACUGCAAAAGGGCAGGACACAGAUGUUCCCCCUCCCCACACACAGUGACCCAAGGGAAGGCUGGAAGCUGCCAGCGAGACACAGGCACUAAAUUGAGGGGGAUGAAGCAACCCAUGUAUGAUACACCCCGAACAGAACAGGAGUUGUCUGAUGCAGAGAUUGCUCGGAAGCUGCAGGAGGAAGAGCUCGUGGAUAACGAGGCAGAUCAGAAGGCAGCUCAAGUAGCCCAAGAUGAGGAAAUUGCCCGGCUCUUGAUGGCUGAGGAGAAAAAGGCUCUCAGGAAAGAGAAGGAAAGAGAAAAGUCUUCCUUUGAAAGGAGGAGGCAUGAUCAAGACUGGAAGUAUGAUGCAAGUGAGUCCACGCGCUCAAGGUCGAGAGAAGGGCCUGAAACUCAGCGACACAGAGGCGACAGAUCUUCAAGGUCACAGCCUCUCCUCGAUGACUUUGAACACUCUCGGUAUUACACAAGCCAGCCCAGCCCCUUGCGCCAUACCCCUAGACUUGAGCACUCUCCUAGAGGUUCCCAUAGGAAGCAGUAAACUGUGCUAGCCUUUGCUUUGGUACUGACUCUUCUGUAGCAAACAUUACUGGAAUUGCCAAGCAACUUUCUUGAUUCCUUACCCAAUGGGGGAGGUACAGCCUCCGCUUCCAGGAUCUCCUCUUUAAGUGUCAUCAUGUUAAUAAGGAACAUGUGUUCCUAUCAGUUUCUUACUCGUAUGUGAUCACUUAAGCAGUGCAGUAUAAUCUAGCCACCACUGAGCUGUGUGAAUCAACUAGCUGUUUUAACAGCUCCCUCUUAUGUUGUUUUGAGGCUUUACUUUUAUUUUUAAGCUUUGGCUGGAGCUUUCACACGUACAACAGAGAGGAAAAUCCAAGAAAUUAUUUGGGUUACGGCAAUGCAGUGGAACAUCAGAAGUACAAGUCCUUUCUGUAUUAGGAUGACUUAGCAAAGGGAGUUAUAAGAGGAAAUGUGUAUCUUCCUGUGCUGGGUAAGGCAGAUGAGCCAACAUGACAGCAUCAUGCCAGCUUGCAGAAAGGAGGGAGUGUCUUCAUAACAUACACCAGCAAAAGCGAGAAGGAACCUGCGUCUAGUAGGGAAGAAAUUGCCUAUAGAACAAAAUUUGUUAACUGCUGUAUUUUUUUUCUAGGGUUUCUAGAAAUUUGUGUAGCUUGUAUAACAAGGUAUUUACCUCCAGGAUACAGGAGUUAUGAGGUAUGAGGAAAUACCAUUUCAACUGAAAAUAGACAUUGUGUGCAUGACCUUCAAGACGUGUUAGGGAGUUGAUGAAGCUGUGAGUUGGGAAGAAUCACAUGAAGAGAGUUAAAGGUAUGAAGGGACCUCUGGUCACCUUCUUUGAGCUUUGGUGUGGUAGGAGCCAAGGAAUUUUACUGAAGCCAAGUAGGAACUACUGCAACUCCUAGCUCAGCUGCUGAUGCACUGCAGUACAGUAACUUGUGUCUUGGAAACACAGGACUGAAGGUGGGCCACAUGGGCACUGAGUACUGAAUCUAAAAUAGACAGUUACAGGCAACUUUGAGCUAGGCAGAGUGCUGAACAGUCCAGACGUCUGUGCUGUGGACUGUUAGGACGCCCCACUCCACUGUCCAGCACCUCGGGCAGACUCCGAUCAGGAUAAUACUAUUUCUAAGGCAGAGCAGGGUCUGCAAGAAUAAUUUAACUGUGCAGAUUUGCCCAUGCAGUGAUUUUUACUUUUGAUGGCUUGUUUUCCCUCCACUCCUGGAAAAUCAUUCUUCUCUUGCACAAACAAGUAGCCUUUUCCCUUGGCCUCUUCUCACUUCAAUUCUCUUGUCUUUUUAAUAUUUUUUUUCUUUUUCAAGUGCAAUUUUAAACUGCAAAACCAAGCGUCUGGACACUGGCUUGGAGUCUGUUCAUCCAGUACAGGCUAGUUAUUCAUUUGGCAGGUUAGUUCACAGCAGCAAAGCCUGACUGUGUUGCUCCUGCAGCCCGGCUUCCUUAUUGCGUAGUGCUGAGCCUGUCUUGCAUGCUCUUCCUCUUCUGCUGGCAGCUGCAAUUCUGCUUUCUCUUUUUCUGAGGAGGAAGGCAGAGCCAUGACUGCUCACCCUGAUCACCCAUCUGCCUGGGAAAGGAGUCGGGCAGCUUUGUAGAGCUCUGUGUGGAGCACCGAUAGGAAAUGGGAAGAGAUCAUGGCUCUCUGCUCUUGCACUAGUGCACAACUCAAGGCAGCUGUAAGGCUUCACCCUUGGCUGUUGUACUUGAUCAGAAUAGUUACUGAGGGAAAUCACUAGGAAGACAAGGCAGCUCCUUCUUCACUUAAGUUGCAGGGGCGUGUUUAAUACCACAGCAUGAGCUCUUGCCUUGACCAACAACCCAAGAAACCCGUCUCCUACCCCUACAGACAUGUUGGCAGCAGUUCAUUACCUGUCAAGAGCCAGUUAACUCGCAGUAGACCUCUGCUCCAGGCAUACACUAGCCAAAAAUGUUGUAACAUAGGAAUUUGUUCAUCGGCAGCAUCCUGUAAGCUGCAUACACUUGGUUGCAGACCAUGGGCUUGCUCACCUGCAUGAACCCCUAAGUGAUUUGCAAGCUGUUGCUUGCUUCCUGCUUCUUCUCAGGAAAUAUCCCAGCCAGUGGCUAGAUUUUACUGUCCUUGCCUUGUUCCCUCUUCUAGUUCCAUCUCUGUCCAUUCAGAAGUGUUAAUGUUGUUUUAAAUGAUCCAGAAAAGGAACAACAUAGACCAUGGGGUUUUUUUUUCUUUUUAUUUGAUAACUUGGGCCAAUGUGGCAACCUUAUCUGCAAGGAUUUUUAUUUUGUAAAAAUUUAUUUUUGUAUUUCAUGUAACAGUCAAAAUUUCUACUGCUGAAGAUGCCAUUUUUUUUCCUGUGGGUUUUUCCCCUCCAUUGCCAUCAGAGUAUUUAUUGUUGGGAAGUGUAUACUUAGUGGGGUUUUAUGAACUGAUAUUUUCUACAAAUACCCCAGUCCAGGCCCUGCUGCUUAUAUCAUCUGGUGCACUUGGGAAAUCUAGAUGGGGAAAAAUCCUGCCAAAUCAGAAAGUGGUUAUGCUUUGUACUCACAGUGCAUGGGGAAAACAGUGACCCUUUGCACAAGGCAAGGGGGAAUCUCCACCCAGAAAUUCAGCUCUGCCUGGGCCUCUGCAGCUGGCUGUGAUGGGCUUUGUUGCACUGCAGUUGGCUGUUGUAACUUGUGUCUUAUUCUAAUCAGAAAAGUCCUGAGGGUCCUGAGCCAGCUGACAUUUGAAGAACCCGUUAAUUCAGGAGGGAUGCUUGGGGGUAUCCAAGUUGUUGACUUCAGUGGGAGUGAGUGGAAAUUACAUGAGCAGAAACUGGUUGAUUUUGUUUGGAAGCUGUGUGCAGUCUGAAGAACACCUCAGUGCCUACUGUGGGGCUGCAGGAUCUCUUUAAUGCCCACUUUGGGCCAGCCAAGCUCUCCAUUCAUGGCACCAAGAGCCCAAGGAAGGGAUCCCAGGAGCAUCUGCUGCUUCCUUGGAUGCCUUCAGGGAGUGUUGAUUGCUUUAUGGGCUGCUUUGCCCUCUAUCCUCCCUUAGUGCUUACCUUUUUAUUCUUAUUCCCUGCCUUUAUUAAUUUGCUGUCCCUUCCAGGUGUUUCUUCUCCUGUUUUAUUUUUCUGUAGCCCUUGUCAAAAGCAGGGCCCAGAGGUUUUGUUAGAAGGGCUGACACCUGUCUCCAGAGAGAGGGAAAUGCUACAAAUAGUAGCUGAGGAAAGCACGUAAUAAAUGGGGUAUAAACAGAACAAUAGUUCUUCUGAUAUCCCAUGUGGGCUUCAUGCAGUCAACAGGUUAGACUUGCUGAGGUGAAGGUUGUAACCAGACUUGCAUGUUUGCUAACCACUUUUGGAAGGAGAUUCCACGGUCCCAUUGAAGUCAACAAGAGUUAAGAUCAUAGAUGAACAAGGAGCCAGUUCAUCUUGAGGCCCAGCAGCCACAGUUCUUCAGAGAGUCAAAAAGAUGCAGCUGUGUAGGCGAGAUGCAAAAUCAGCACCUUGCAUGUGUGUCCCUGGGAAGAGGCACAAUGAAGGUGAUCUCUUAAAAAGAAACCAUCAGAGCAAUAUUUCCUUUCUAUGACAUGGAAAAAUGCUUAAGUAACUUUAUUUUUUUUCCUUGUCUUCUCUUGCCAAGUAGUAGCUUUGCAUAUGGUUUUGCUCCCGAUUUAAUAGCAUGUUGGAGCCCUUGCUGGGUCACCUGCCCAGGUCAUUCAGGUCUUGCAUCCCUUUCUGCCUCUGCAUUAACAAGGCAACAGGCACUAUGUGGAAAACUCAUCACCAUGAAAUCCUGGCACUUCCAAAUCUCCACAGUAGGCACAUCUCACCAGCAAGAGCUCUUGCCACGUCCUCACCUCCGUCCGAAGCACAAUGAUCUGCAGAAGAGAGGUCGGGUGAGCUGGAGUGGUUGUGCCUUACGUGCAGGGAUACUUGAUGUCUGCAGCAGGCUGAUCCGAGUCACCUUGCUAUGAAACACUGGCUUAACGUGGACUGUAGAGCUUCCUGCAGCAAGAAGCAGUUGUCAUCUCACGGGUAGAUCCAACAGGUUAAUCUCAUAUUUUUUUUAAAGAAUUUAAUGGUUUUUAACUUAGUGAGAUGUGAAAAUAUCAGCUGUUAGGGGAUAGGUGAAGUCUCAUUGAAUUUCUCCUCUUGGGGAGGAAGAAGUUACAAAUGCUGCAGUCUGCUUCACUCUGUAAAAGGGAUCUUGUAUGUACAGUAUUUUUAUAUCUCUGCAUUCCCACCUGUCAGGAUUUGAAUUGGGAUUAAUAACAUUUACUUAGGGGAAAAAAAUGGAUUUUUAUUUUUACAGUGCUAGACCUUUGUGCAUUUUUAUUUUGUGCCAAAUUACAGCCUCUGUUACAUUCUAGUGUUUUCAUUCCGUUUAUUGCUAUUGAUCAAUGUGUAUAUUAUAUAUAUUUUUAUUAUCGAGGUUUUUAUUUUAAUUCAUACUAACCUGUAUGCAAACUAACUGUGGAUUACUAAUUUAUAUAUAAAGGGGAGCACUUGGAGACAGUGUGAGGAUUCCCCUACUUAGUUUACACUCUUUGUCAUCCAUCACAGCCAGUCCGUGAAACUCAUCGCCUCUUACACAGAAUGAUCUCCUGGGUGUCUGUCACCAUGAGCAGACUUCUGCUGUCCCUCCAGGCAGCACUGGCACUGCAGGGCAUAAACCUGCAGAGAUCCCAGUUUGCUGUACUCUAAAACACAUGCCGCAGUGCAAUUACUGCUGUGGGCUGUGCUGCACACAAGUGCCGUGUGGCCUGCAAUGCCCAGGACAGGCUGCAGGACACAGGUUUUGUGUUGAGAAGCCACAGUUUGGGCUCUUCCAGGAGAGUCCUAGAUAGGACAGUGGCACAUACAAAUGGGUAUUUUUCUACUUCACGGUAAACAAGUUCCACUGUAUCAGUGUUCACUCUUAAGUAGACUCCACAGUGUGUCUCCAGCUGCAUCUGUGCACUGCAAUAUCAUUAACUGCCUCGGAGAAAUAACUGCAGUUGUGUCAUUUAGCUCUUCAGGGUAAGCUUUCAGCCUGUUGAAUCUAAAUAUUAGCCAUGCAAUGAGAUGGAUUAGUCAAAAGGCUUAAAUUCUUCAGAGCUGCAAGUGUACCCUGCAUUGCAACAGCUAAUCCUUAAGUAUAAAUCGCGCACUGACAAUAAUCCGUCUAUGCAAGCCUAUAUUUUUUCUUCUUUUUUGACUGUUCGCUCUCUAAUUUUACCAGGUUUGUUAUAGAACUUCUGAAUGACAUUUAACCAAAGUAUCAUGUCUGUGUGUGUAUAGCAUGUUUUGCUUCAUACUUCUGAAUUCUCAUUGAAUGUAAAGGGAACAUUGCCUUGCCCCGUUUUGUUCAAUAAACCGCUGUAUUUUGUUACCCACCACAUCCUUCUCUCUCUCUCUCUCUGUGCUUUUCUGGAAACACUGAAGUGGGUUAUACAAGUGCAGGAGGAAACAACACUUUGUUACACCCUUGGGCCCUGGAGCUCAUCUGCUUCUACCAAUAAUUAUGUUCUUCCAAUGUAAUAGAUGUAGCAAAACAACAAAUUUAUGUUAAAUUUGAUUAUUUUUGGCCAGAGAGAUGGAAAAAAAAAGCUAUGUAAUAUCUUAGAAGCGAUCUGGACUGUUUCAUUUCCUGAGGCUCUGAUACUGAAAAAUAAAGCAGUGUAAUUAUUUGCAA